UCCAGUAGAAAAAUAUCUUAUCUUAGAUAACCAUAUAUAAUAAACCACCACCACCACAGUGCCAUAAACCCUAGCCGCUUGUACUCUCGCUAAACCCUAAUUCCUCUUAAGGUUCAUAAAACUUGAACAAUUAGAAUGGCUUUCUACAACAGAAUUGGAAGUCUCAUGAAGCAAAGUAUCUCUCAGAACACAGUAUCAAACGGGCAAGUAACCGGACCAUCGAUGUUCAACGCAAUCCGUUGCAUGUCCUCAAAGCUUUUUGUUGGUGGUCUUUCUUACCAGACCGAUGACUACUCAUUGAAGGAAGCGUUUUCUGGAUUUGGGGAGGUAGUUGAAGCAAGAGUUAUUACUGACCGAGAAUCUGGGAGGUCAAGGGGAUUCGGUUUUGUGAACUACACUAGUGAAGACUCAGCAUCCGAUGCUAUGAAAGCGAUGGAUGGCCAGGAACUCAACGGUCGAAGCAUUCGUGUUAGUCUUGCCACCGAACGUGCUCCUCGUACUGAUGGUUUUAAUCGCGGCGGCUAUAACCGUGGUGAGGCUAGAAAUGACCAGUACUAGGUACAAUAUCCUUUAAGUCGAUAACAGUUUAUUCUCAUGAUGUGAACACAAGAUUAUUGAUUUUGUACGUCUCGUUAAAGAAGUUUAUGAACCGAUUAGUAUUCAGUCGUUUUGUAUACGCGUUCUUUUUGGUUAUUUCUUGUGCUUGGGAAUUAAUGUUAUUAUCUUAUGGUCUAGUU